AUAUCAAUGUUUUGUCAUGUUGGACCAGAACAAGUUGUUUCAGUAAAGGAUGUAUCUUCAACAUACCAUGUUCCAUUGCUUUUAUCAGAACAAGGAAUAUUGGCCUUUUUUAUUAGACGGCUUAAUCUGGAUACUAUUAAUAUCAAACAAGAGCGUCGUAACAAUGGUUUAUAUUUAUUGAGAGAAUGGAUAAUGUUGACUGAAGAUCAUGAUCGCCUUUCAAAACCUGUUACAAUAGUCAUUGUUGGUAAAUAUACCACACUUCAAGACUCUUAUAUUUCUAUUAUAAAGGCGCUUGAACACUCUGGAAUGAAAUGUGAAAGAAGACCAAUAAUUAAAUGGGUGGAAGCUACAGAUUUGGAACAGAAUGAUGAAGCAGAUAAAUAUCAAGAAGCAUGGAAAGUUUUAAGAUCUGCAAAUGGUAUUCUCAUUCCUGGUGGAUUUGGAAAUCGUGGUAUUGAGGGUAAAAUUUCAGCAGCAAAAUGGGCACGUGAAAAUAAGAUUCCUUAUUUAGGAAUAUGCCUUGGUAUGCAAAUUGCUGUAAUUGAAUUUGCACGUAAUGUUUGUAAGAUGACAGAUUCAGAUUCUGAAGAAUUUAAUCCAAAAGCCACUAAUCAAGUCAUAAUUAAUAUGCCAGAAAUUUCCACAACCUGCCUAGGUGGUACCAUGAGGCUAGGUUUAAGACCAACAGUCUUUCAACCAAAAUCAGAAUUGUGGUCAAAAAUGCGCAAAUUGUAUGAAAUUAUGAACAUGACAGAGAUUGAUACUGGUAUUGUGCAAGAACGUCAUCGUCAUCGUUACGAAGUUAAUCCUAAGUAUGUUAAAAAUUUUGAAUCAUGGGGAUUAAAAUUUGUUGGACGUGAUGAAACUGGACAAAGAAUGGAAAUAAUGGAAUAUCAAAAUCAUCCAUUCUUUGUUGGUACACAAUAUCAUCCAGAAUAUCUUAGCAGACCUCUUAAGCCCUCACCAGCAUUCCUUGGUUUUGUGUCAGCAUCGGCAGGAUUGACAAUCGAAUCACCAUUCAAAAAUUAA